AUGGCCGCAUACACUGAGAAGUUUGAGGUGGACCGGACCUAUACUGUGUCAAAUUUUUCUGUGCAGCCUAAUAACUUAGUUUUCAAACCAAGCUCCCAUAAGUUCUUAGUGAAAUUUACUGGAGGAACUGCUGUUGGUGAUGUUAACAAACAUGACAUACCCCCCAAACCACGCCCCUUCACCAGUUUCCCUGACAUCAUUAACGGGAACUUUCAGAAGAAUGUACUCAUUGGUAAAACUGCAUCGCGAUACCAUUUCCUUUUGCAUUAUAUAGUAGCUCAAUUACUUAUGUUCUUCGUUUUCAAUAAUCCAUCAGAUAUUAUUGGUAUGCUCGAGAGUUUUGGGUAUCAACAGACGCAAAUUGGUGGGGAAAAUUUCAGGCUAAUUUCCUACUCCGAGAUGCAAGACUAUGCUAAACAGUUUUUUAAGUUUAACGAGGACAACUCUGCGACAACUGGGCCGGUUGUUAUUAUGAUUCAGUAUGCAAAAGUAAAAGAAGCUGGUCAAUACCCUCUCUCCGUUACCAACACAUUCCAUGUUACCAAGCUCCUUAUCAAUGCAGAUUUGCCGACUGUCAAGGACUUCCUUAACAGAUUCCCAAAGGAAUCGUUGCGUGUCGUUUCCAUGCAACUGACCUCUCAGUCUCAACAAUACUCCCGCAUAUCGACAAAUGAUAAUGUUGGACAAAGUCAUCUGCAGAAGUUGCUCAAAGGGGCUAUUGUUGUACCACUCAGUGAGAUGAAGAAAAUCCGCGAGGUGCCGUUACGCAAAUCUGAAUUAUAUCGUUGA